UGAUUUCGAACGGACAUUCAAGGCUGGACCGAGUUCUGGAGAAGAAGCGCUGGCGUUGGUUCUGCAAGAUUGCGACGCCGACCAAGUAAGAGCUUGGACGCAGACGCAGACACAAAAGAUCGGCACGGGUGCAUAUGCGGGCAUGAGCCUGUGAGCUGCUUCGCUGCCAAGCCAAAGCGCGCAUCCGAGCUCUCGAUUCCCUUGCAUAACGAAGGACUGGCGGAUUCAAUUUCGCGCAGAAGACGAAACCAUUAUCGAGUUAACAUCCACGGGAUUUCGGGCAACUCCAAUCGACAAGCAACCAAAGUCUGCUUUUGAUAGAAAAUAAAGCAAAAUGGGCAUCCUAGACACCAGAAGGCGGCCGUUCACCUACCACAUCCUGCACCGAAAAUGGCCCAGAGUUCCAAGACUGGCUAUUCGCUGGCUGAUGCUGGCGGAAUUCAUAGGCCUCGUGCCCAUCCUGACCAUUUUUGGUCUCUCCCAGCCUGAUCUGUAUCGGUCUGCCAUGUGGAAGAUUGGCUGGGACCAUCGCCUCAACUCAAACCCAGACAUCAUCCUCUUUGCCUAUGCCAACCAUGUGGCCCAGCCAAAACUCCCUCUCAUCUGGUCAAGAACACUCACCGAUUACAAUGUCGCCAUCUCCGUCAUCUCCCUCUUCUUCCUCCUCACCAAACUCAUCGCCGUCAUCAUGAGGAUCUGGUACCCCGUCCUGUCCACCUUGUCCAGCAUUGCCCUGGUUGUUCUUUACGCCGUGAGCGUCUACGGCCAGGUGGGCCGCGACUACACCGAUCCGAGAUAUCCGGCCCCUGCUGCAUGGUACUUCAGAUAUGGUUGCGACAUGGCCAAGCCAUAUGGACAGUAUACCAACUGCCAGAUUGCUCAGGGCUCGCUCUUCAUCACGCUAUACAUGCUAACCGUAUACCUGAUCGUUCUCGGCUUCUCGCUCUAUUGCAUGUGGCCCAACCCUCUCAACAACCUGGAUACUGAUGAGGAUGAGGAUGACGAGGCGCCAAGUAUCAAGGAGGGCAAGAGCCUCGAGAUGUCCGGUUGGCCGACCAAAACCCCCAUGGCAUCGGGGGCCAUGCCUUUCACACCGAGAACGCAAGCCUUCCACAUCCUCGACCGAAAGCUUCCGCUAAGGCAGGAGCACGAGGCAAUGAUAUACUCUUAAUCGCCCUGUUUUUUCUUUUCUAUUCUAUUAUACGCCCACUGAUAUAUGGGCGGCUUGGGUUACUCGGUGGGAAAACUGGCGCCAGGCGUUCCAUGCUUUUUCGCAUGUAAUAUGACGGUUAAUGAUACAAGGCCCUGGAGGCCGAAUGGCAAGGAGAAGGGACGGAAUCCCGCUCCAAAGAUUGCCACCGUCCACACCUAUACUUGUUUCUUUAUCUUUCUCAUUUCUUUUGUAUUAUAUAUUUAUACCCACAUAUGAUGAACAAUCCAGCCAAUUUGAGCAAAUUCUGAUUCC